AUGACCGUGAUCCGUCCGCGGACUUUGUAUCCUUAUACUACGGCGGAGGGAUCGGGAUCAUGUGAACUCGGUGGACUUAGACUAGCCCCGUCAGGUCAGGUCAUCUCACCUGACGGGAAGUUUGCUACGGGCCUAUGUCCUGAUGACCCACACGAAGAAAAAGGCCAUUCUCCAAAAAUGUUCUGGCUCUUCGUCGGCAUCCGUCUCGUCUAUGCCUUGCAGUACUUUCGUAUAAACUCAACUUUCCAUCCACCAUGCACACCAUCUCGUCGCUCCAAGCUGCCGUUCGUCUGCGGAAGAAGCAUACCGUAUAUGUUAAAACGAGUUUGAGUACGGGUCAUUCUUGACGAGCUCCCGCUAACCGGCUGUCCUUGGCGUGCUCGACUAUUGCUAAAUCUUUUUCAAAAAAAGGUCCACACCUAUGAUUGUCUGCCAGCAAAAACUCUUGAACACACACAUAAAAAGCAGGCGGCUCUUCCAACACCUGAUGUAUGGCUUCUUAACCUUUGGUAA